AUGGCCGAAUCUCAAUCCGACCAGAGCGAAAAUGAGUCUCACAACGAGCGCCCUCACAGCGAACAAGAAGAUUCCAGCGAAAAUGAAUCUGGCGCUGAAUCCUCCGAAUCCGACGAUGAUUCCGACGGCGGAGGCUUGCUAGAUACCAUGGCCGCUGACGGCAGCGACGAAGAGUCCAGCGAUGAAGAUGACGACAUUUAUCACCACAACGAUCUCAUGCAAGACUCAUAUCUCGACUCGUUCCCCCAGUUUGGUCGGCUUCCUAGUGAGUUGCGCAACACCAUCUGGGAGCUGUACUGUCCGGAACUCUGCGCUCGGCACCGUGUCCUUGACUUUCAGAUCUCGUAUGGAACAGCCCUGCAUCCCGACGCAGCAAGCUCUUUUGUUUGGACUGUACGCGACGGCAUUGCUCUCGGUGAUCAGACAAAGAACCUCCGCGCGGUUUUUGCUGUUCACAAAGAGUCGCGCGCUCUGGCCACCAACGCCUUUCCUGAUUCUCUGAGCAUCGAUGCUGGGUCUGGAGAUGCUACUGUUCGCUUCAACAGGAAUUCAGACGUUGUUCUGAUGAAUGGUCUCAGUUGUCCGCCGGGGAGGAUGGUGUUUCACUUACCGGGCUUUGCUAGCGAGGUCAAAAACUUUGCGCUUGGUGGGCCUAACAUCCUUGAUGAUCUGAGCGGUCCCGAUGUACCAGCACUUUUGAGGCAGUUCACCCAGCUGGAGUGCUUUUACGUGAACGUCUCGAGUACGGAUUGCCAGAAGUCGACUUUGGGUUGGUGCACGUCGGAUCUCAUCAACCGGUAUCAAACGCAAACAUACGAGAGACAGCCUGGACUCGGAGAGGACUUGCAGUUCUUGUGGUGCUGGCCUGAUUUACAGCGACAUCCCGACUUUGCGAGAUUCCAGAUCGACAGGGAUACAUGGGACAAUUUACCGGACCCUCUUGGGAGCGAGUUGGAGCAACGAGGUCUCAAGGCAUGGCCUAUGGUCGCUUUUGAAUAUGAGCGUGGACUUCGACGAUUUGAGUUGCUACAAACACUUGGACCGGACCUCGGCGACGACACUUCGGAUGAAGAUGACGACGAUGAUGAUGACGACGGAAACAAUGGACCUGAUCUCGAUGAGUAUGAAAGUGAUGGCAUUGACGACGAUGAGAUUGUCGAGACAUACGAUCCUUCCGACGAAGAGGGCAUCUCAUUAGCCAGCGGCUCCCCUCCGCCCGUCACCCAGGAAAUCUCCGACGAUGAGGAUGACGACGGCGCUGGCGCAAACUUCUCCAGUCCUGAACCCGAGCCUGAAGCAGCGCCCGUACAGCGUGGACGCAAACGACGGGUGGUAUCCGAUUCCGACGAUGAAGAUGAGGAGGACGUGGAACCCACAGCGAAGCGCGCAAGGACACGAGUUGUUGAAUCGGACGACGAAGACGAUGAACCAGAGGUCCAGACACGGCAGCGCUCACGGGCGAUCAUGUCAGAUGAUGAGGAUGAGGACGAAGGCGGCGUGUCCAAGGAGCCCCACGCAAGCGAGUCCUCCAGCGAAGAAAGCGAAGAAGAAAGUGACGAGUCAGAAGAUGAAGAUGCGCCGCCAAAGAAACUCUCUCUCGCUGAGCGACUACGUCUCCAUCGACAGGAAAACCCCGUGGACGAUGGUUCAGACGCAAGCAGCAGGACUGCUGACGAGGAGAGCGAAGAUGAAGAUGAAGAGCGCAAUCCUUUCACGAUGGGUAUGGCGGAUGAGUCAGAUGGAGAAGGCGAAGGGGGCUACGACGAAGAUGACUAUUAA